AUGGGAGAGGGCAAUGGUGAUGCAUAUGUUUCAGUGGGUGAAGUGGAUUCCCCUAGGAUAGAUAACUUCAAGAAAGUCUCACUUCUGCCCCUUGUCUUCCUCAUCUUCUAUGAGGUUUCUGGGGGACCAUUUGGUGUUGAGGACAGUGUCCAGGCUGCUGGUCCCCUUCUAGCCCUUCUCGGAUUCUUGGUCUUUCCACUAAUUUGGAGUGUUCCUGAGGCCUUAAUUACCGCAGAGAUGGGUACCAUGUUCCCUGAGGCUGGCGGUUAUGUAGUUUGGGUUUCAUCGGCUUUGGGUCCCUAUUGGGGGUUCCAGCAAGGCUGGAUGAAAUGGCUAAGUGGGGUUAUUGAUAAUGCUCUGUACCCAGUUCUGUUUCUGGACUAUUUGAAGUCGGCGAUCCCGGCUUUAGGUGGUGGCCUUCCAAGAAUCAUAGCCGUGUUGGUUUUGACGUCGGUGCUUACUUACAUGAACUAUAGGGGUUUAGCCAUUGUGGGAUGGGCUGCUGUUCUUUUAGGGGUUUUCUCACUCACUCCUUUUAUGGUUAUGGGACUUGUGGCAAUUCCCAAGUUGCAGCCUUCGAGAUGGUUGGUGGUAAAUCUACACAAUGUGGACUGGAAUUUGUAUUUGAACACUCUCUUUUGGAAUCUGAACUAUUGGGACUCGAUCAGUACACUUGCCGGGGAGGUAGAAAACCCAAAGAAAACUCUACCAAAGGCUCUGUUUUGUGCCUUGAUUUUGGUUGUUGUUGGGUAUUUGUUCCCUCUUCUAACUGGUACUGGGGCUGUUCCCCUCAACCGAGAGUUGUGGACUGAUGGAUACUUCUCAGAUAUUGCUAAAAUUAUUGGGGGAGUUUGGUUGAGAUGGUGGAUCCAAGGGGCUGCGGCAAUGUCAAAUAUGGGGAUGUUUGUGGCUGAAAUGAGCAGUGACUCCUUCCAACUUCUUGGGAUGGCAGAACGAGGCAUGCUGCCCGAGUUUUUUGCUAAAAGGUCUCGCUAUGGAACCCCAGUGAUUGGCAUUUUGUUCUCAGCUUCUGGAGUCCUUUUUCUAUCUUGGCUGAGCUUUCAAGAGAUUGUAGCUGCAGAAAACUUCUUGUACUGUUUUGGAAUGAUUCUAGAGUUCCUAUCAUUUAUACGGUUAAGAGUGAAGUACCCGGCAGCAUCUCGGCCUUACAAGAUACCUGUUGGAACAGUUGGAGCCAUUCUUUUGUGCAUUCCUCCAACCAUACUGAUUUGUACAGUUUUGGCCUUUUCUACUCUCAAGGUGGUGGUUGUGAGCGUCGGAGCCAUUAUGAUCGGCCUUGCGAUGCAGCCAUGUCUUAUGUAUGCGGAGAAAGAGAAGUGGAUCAAGUUUUCGACCAGCGCUGACCUCCCAGAUCUCCAUGGUGCUAAUCAGGGGAGUGUUAACUAA